AUGGCUAACGGACAGCAGCCAGACUCGUGGGAGGAUGCCAUGCGCGACGAAGACCUCGCCAACCAGACGCAGCAGAAUCUGAAUUUCCAGGGCGGCGCUGCACCCGGCAACACCUUUACACCAGGCGCACAAAGUUUCACGCCCGGAGCUGCUUCGUUCACGCCAGGACAGCAGUAUCAGCAGUACGGCUAUGGCCAACAGUACAAUGGCUAUCCACAGUAUGGUCAGCAGCAGGGAUUCGGCCAAUAUCAACAAUACGGCUACGGCCAACAGGGUGGUCAUCCGCAAUACGGCCAGCAAGGAUACGGCCAACAGAAUUACCAACAAUACCAACAGCCGCAGCAGCAACAGGCAUAUGUGCCUCCUCAGCAACGGCAAACGCCCAUGAUUGCUCGACGAGGCGAGGCCUUACCCUCUACGCAACAGCAGCCCGCUGCCCAGGCACCCAAGCCAGCGGCUUCCGCAAAUGGAAGUGGUGCAGCUCCUGCAAAAACUCUUUCUUUAAGCGCAGCAGAUACUGGUGCAGCGGCUCCAAAGGUUGAGAAAGCCGGUGGCACCAAAGUUCUCUCCCUUGGAACUGCAGCCACACCACCUCCUGCGAAGAAAGAAGAAACUGCAGCUAAAGAAGCCGUCAGCAAAGAUGCGCCCAACGCCGGUACCAAGGUCGCGGCGGCCAAGGCAGUUGAGAAGACCGGAGAGGCCACAGCCGCCGUUAGCGGAAACACUUCUCCCACGCAAUCCGGCAGAUCCUCACCUUCCCGUGCAGAGCAACGUGCAGAAGCUAGACGAGCUGACCUGGUAGCUCAAGAGCAGGCCGCAGAGGUAGAUGAUGAAGCACUUCAAGAGAUGUACGGCAAGGAACACGUUAACGUUAUAUUUUUGGGUCACGUUGAUGCUGGGAAGAGUACUCUGGGUGGCAGCAUUCUGUACGCAACCGGGAUGGUGGACGACAGAACGAUGGAGAAAUACAAGAGGGAGUCCAAGGAAUUGGGACGUGAGUCAUGGUACCUAUCAUGGGCUCUUGACCAGACGAAGGAGGAGAGAUCUAAGGGCAAGACUGUUGAGGUCGGUAGAGGCUUCUUCGAGACCGAGAAGAGACGGUACUCCAUUCUGGACGCCCCGGGCCACAAAACCUUUGUGCCAAACAUGGUAUCUGGCGCAUCACAAGCAGACGUCGGUGUUCUGGUCAUUUCUGCACGAAAAGGCGAAUACGAGACUGGUUUUGAGAAAGGUGGACAAACCCGUGAGCACGCUAUGCUCGCGAAGACCCAGGGUGUGAACCAGCUCAUUGUGGCUGUCAACAAGAUGGACGACCCUACCGUAAACUGGUCAGAGGACAGGUACAAGGAGUGUAUUGCAAAGCUGACGACCUUCUUGAAGGGGCUUGGCUACAACCCAAAGUCAGACCUCACAUUCAUGCCGAUAUCUGCACAAUCGACUUUGGGAAUCCGGGAUCGGGUACCAAAGGACGUUUGCCCAUGGUCCGAAGCCCCUUCGCUGCUCGAGUACCUGGACAGCAUGAGGGCUCUCGAGCGCAAAUUGACCGCCCCUUUCAUGAUGCCGAUUGCUGCCAAGUACAGAGAUAUGGGCACCAUGAUCGAAGGAAAGAUAGAAGCGGGUGUCAUCAAGAAAGAGAACAAAUACCUCAUGAUGCCUAGCAAAGCUGAAAUCCAGAUCUCGGCACUGUAUGGCGAGACUGAGGAUGAAAUUCCUCACGCCACUUGUGGAGACCAAGUCCGCAUCCGUAUCAAGGGCGCCGAAGAGGAAGACAUCUCAGUCGGAUUCGUGCUCUGCUCACCUCGUCGACCGGUACACUGCGUGCAGUCCUUUGAGGCCCAGAUUCGUCUACUUGAAUUGAAGUCUAUCCUGUCGGCUGGUUUCAACUGUGUGCUCCACGUGCAUUCUGCCACAGAAGAAGUCACAUUUGCCGCGCUCCUCCACAAGCUCGAGCCCAAGACGAACCGCAAGUCAAAGAAGGCACCAGGCUUCGCCAAGCAAGGCAUGAACAUCAUUGCUCGACUUGAGAUCACAAGCGGCGCAGGAAGCGUCUGUGUGGAGCGUUUCGAGGACUACCCGCAACUUGGUCGCUUCACGCUGAGAGAUCAAGGACAGACGAUUGCAAUUGGCAAGAUCACCAAGCUCAUCACUGAUUCUACGCAAACAUCGUCUGCCUAA